AUGGCGGUUUUCAAAGCCUUUCAUGGCGGAAUACCAACGUUUGACCCAAAAGGUGAGCCCACCAGUAUAGCUCCGAGGUGGAGAAGGUGGAAAAGAGCAUUCGAACUCUUUGUUGUCGGAAAAGGAAUUACCGACAAGACACAAAAACGAGCUUUGAUGUUACAUUGUGCUGGUAUGGAUGUACAGGAUAUUUUUGAUACUUUACCAGAUAAUGGCAAUGCUAAUGAUUAUGAUAAGGCGAUCGAAGCGUUGGAUACAUAUUUCAACCCUGCUGUUAAUGUACCGUAUGAAAGACAUAUGUUUCGUCGAAUGAGUCAAGAAGAAAGUGAGACAAUUGACCAAUUUGUAACAAGGCUGAAACAGAAAGCGUUGAGUUGUGAUUAUGGGGAAUCUAGUGAUGAAUUCAUCCGAGAUCAAGUCAUCGACAAAUGUCGUUCAGUGGCACUACGAAGAAAAUUGCUUGAAAGAGGACAAACUUUAACACUUAAGCAGCUUCAAGAAAUCUCAAGAGCACAUGAAGCUUCAUAUUUUCAAGCUAAUAAAAUUAAUGAUGACGCAGGACAUGAAGUCAAGAAAGAAAAUAUCAAUCGAAUCAAAGGGAAGUUUCAAAGUAAAUUUAAAUCACCCAACAAGAAAUGUUUCAGAUGUGGCAAAACAGACCACUUUGCCAAGUCACCAAAGUGUCCAGCAAAAUCUGCUGAAUGUCAUAAGUGUCAUAAGGAGGGACAUUUUGCAAGUGAGUGUAGAACUAAAGUCAGUAAUGAGAGAGACAAUAAAAAGAAAAUAAACUAUACAAGAGAAGAUCAGGAAUCCAAAGAGGGUGACAAUGAAUAUGCUUUUGUUGUUAAUCAUCAGUCGGAUGAAAACAGUGGUUUAGUCGAUAUCAAAGUUGGAGGAGUGUUGUGCAAUUUUCUUAUUGACUCUGGUUCAACGUGUAAUGUAAUCGAUAAAUCCUGUUGGGAGAAACUUAAAGCCAAGCAAAUAAAAUGUAAGUCGGAGAAAACAGCAACACAGAUUUAUUCAUAUGGAUCAAGUAAGCCACUUAUUGUUGCUGGGAAAUUUACAGCCGAUGUUGUAUGUCAAGGCAAAGAAGUAAAAGAAGCAGAAUUCAUAGUGAUUGAAGGCACCGGUAAGCCAUUACUGGGAAAGAAAACUGCUAUUCAAUUGAAUGUCUUGAAGAUUGGUCCACAACCUGUGAUAUCGGAAGGUGUCAACUCAGUCGAGGAUGACAAUACAUUCAGAGAUAGAAUGAUGAAAACAUAUUCGGGGUGUUUUAAAGGUAUUGGAAAGUUGAAAGACAGACAGCUGGAAGUUAACUUAGACCCAAAUGUGAAACCUGUGGCACAGAGAGCUCGUAACAUUCCAUAUGGAUUACAGUCUAAAGUUGAAAAGAAAUUAGAUGAAUUGGAAAGGCAAGGUAUAUUAGAAAAGGUAAAAGGACCAGCAAAAUGGGCAAGUCCACUUGUUGUUGUACCUAAGCCAAAUGGUGACAUUCGACUGUGUACGGACAUGCGCAAAGCCAAUGAAGCGAUUGUUAGAGAGAAGUUUCCUAUUCCUACAGUGGAUGAUAUCCUUCAUGAAAUAAAUGGUAGCAAAGUUUUCUCAAAAUUGGAUCUCAAAUAUGGAUAUUACCAGCUAGAGCUUGAAGAGAAAUCGAGAGAAAUCACAACCACUGUCACUCACAAGGGACAUUAUCGAUAUACACGUCUAAUUUUUGGUAUGAAUAAUGCAUCAGAAUAUUAUCAGUAUCAUAUUGGUGAUGCAAUUCGCGAUUGCGAAG